AAGAGCGAUUGGUGUGCGUUGGUCAAUCAAAGCAUUCGUCCUGGAGCCGCACGUGAGCAAGCUUGGAGCCGCAAAAGUUGGACCCCAAAAUGCCCACACUGUCCCACCGGAGGACGGGCAGAUAGAGUGGGCUUCUAUGCGGUGCUUUCGGAAGAAAAUGAGCCUCGUCUACACGGCCACGUACCGGUACAAGCGCGCACUGCAAACGAUGGCCGCGGGACUUUUCCUCAUCUACAUGACGCUGGUCCUGUACCAGAACGUCUACGGCUACGGCGGCCAGGACCAAUCCGACCCGGAGCUCGCCGAAAGCGCCGGCAAUCUGCAGGAUAUUCAGUCAUUCGGUGCCCUAAUCCUCGGCGGAGCCGGUAGUGCCCUGCGGCCUGCGGCCGACGCCAGUGUUGUGAUAAGCAAGCGUGAUAACUCCGUACUGCUGCCCGCGAGUGAUGAUAGUAAGGUGCUGGUGCUCGAUAGCAAUAGUGUAGUCAACGGGAGAGGUCCCGACGAUCAACGGACUCUGUACGAUUUGCACCGGGUGCCGGCCGUCACCGGCACUCCGAAACCACCGACGACCGAGCUGGAUGAUCUGCUGAUCAGCGUCAAAACGACCAAAGGCUAUCACGACACGCGGCUCGAGAUGAUCAUCAAGACCUGGUACCAGCUGGCGAAGGAACAGACAUGGUUCUUUACCGACACCGAUGAUGCGCACUACCAGAAGUUGACAAAUAACCAUAUGGUCAACACCAACUGCUCGCAGGGUCACUUUCGGAAGGCGCUCUGCUGCAAGAUGGGCAAGGAGUUUGAGUUUUUUCUGGACAGCGCCAAAAAAUGGUGGUGCCACUUCGACGACGACAACUAUGUGAACGUUCCGCGACUGGUCCGGUUGCUGGAUGACUACAGCCCAUCACAGGACUGGUACCUGGGGAAACCAAGCAUAUCCUCACCGCUGGAGAUAUUCCUAGAUAGUACCAAAUCAUCGACGGAAGUGAACAAAAAGGUGACGUUCUGGUUCGCGACCGGCGGAGCCGGAUUCUGCAUCAGCCGGGCGCUCGCCCUAAAGAUGAUGCCGAUUGCCGCGAGUGGCAAGUUUGUAGCGAUCGGCGAUAAGAUACGGUUCCCGGAUGACGUCACGAUGGGCUUCCUGAUAGAGCACAUACUGAAGGUUCCUCUCACCAUGAUCGAUGCGUUCCACUCGCACCUGGAACCGAUGGAGUUUAUCCGGCCCGAAACGUUCCACGAUCAGGUCUCGUUCAGCUACGCCCGGAUGCGCAACGAGUGGAACGUCGUCAAGGUGGACGGAUUCGAUCUGAAGACGGACCCGAAGCGGAUCUACUCGCUUCACUGCCAUCUCUACCCAUUCUUCAGCAUCUGCCCGAAAUCGAUAAAGCGCCGAUGACCACCAGCCGGACACGAGGCAGCCGCAAGCAGUUAGAGCAAUAUCAAAGGAACUACUAAGAGUUACGACGAAGAGCAGGGGGCAGGAAGCGUGAUAGCGCCGUGUCGGCGAUCGGGAAAGGCGCUCACACAGCACUACUACUCUCAAAACUGUGAUCGUUCGGAAGCGGCUCCGAACUCCGAGCAGAACAAGUCGGAGAUGGCAAUAACAGUAAAUGUAAGCAACGUUGUAAAAAUCUGGACGCGUGUGUCCGAGAGCAGGGGCGCAAAUGUACGCAAAAAUGACCAUAAAGAGGUAUACAAUUAGGUGGUAAGCAGAUCGCGAUCGGUUCGCGUAGUGCACUGUCAUAAAAUGGGGUAACCGAUCGCCAAGUCCGUGUGCGGUCGGUUAUCAGUUCUAGUCUUCGUGGGUAGUGAGUAGGGAAUUCGCAUAAACUUUUUGUGUUAAGCUGUAGCCCACGCGCUUUGGGCGAAGAGGUUUCGCGACAACGAAUUCAUUUAGGCCGAUAGCGGUAGGGUCCUGCGCGAUCCGGGCGCGUACUGGCGCUCGUUUUAGUAGCUGUACAUAUUUCACCACUAAACCGUUAAGGAAUUGAGUAUUCAAGUUGUUAACUCUGCCGUUGAGCAGCUCCGUUGUAAAUACUAGAAACUGUACCGCUAGGUAUUGAAAGCAUUUGAACCAUUCUGAACGCCUUUGUAUCUCGCGCUAGCAAGCACUUGUUGAAAAUAGUAGCUUCCAUUUCUUCCAGCAAUAAC